GAAAGAGUUUCCAUAUUUUAAAUGUUGUCACUAAGGCAAAGUUGCCAAGCUGGACAGAAUAAGUUAUAUAGAUCUAUAAAGACCCACUUUCCAUCAUGGGCGACGGAAACAAUACUCCCGGGCCCGGUAUACAGGAUCGUUCUGGUUCAAUCCAGAAUCCAGGAAGACGACAGCCAAACCGAGCCGGGGGUCUCAGUCCUGCUGUGAAUUUGGCGAUUGGCUGUUUUUCUGGCGUUCUAUCUGUAUCCAUCUCUGCUCCCUUUGAUAGGGUUAAGAUUCUGCUGCAGUGUCAACAUGAGGUCAGAAGAUCUGGUCGUCUGGUGGAACCCUACCAAGGUAUAAUUAAUUGUACACGACGAAUAUAUAGAACAGAAGGCUUCAGAUCAUUGUGGAGAGGAAAUGCAGCAGCAUGUAUCAAGUACAUUCCCGAACAAAUGAUGAGCUUUGCGUUAAAGGACAAAAUGGCGGCGAUGAUGAGAGUUUCAAAACAGGAAAGCAACAUGGUAAAGAUGACUAAAUACAUCGGUGCCGGAGCGAUCGGAAGCUUCUCCUCCCUAGCUCUUAUUUAUCCUUUAGAUUACUGUAGGACCAGACUGGCUGCUGAUGUACUGAACACAGGGAAAGUUAAAACGGGGACUCGACAGUUUGAGGGUAUCAUUGAUGUAUUCCGUAAGACGAUUCGCUCAGACGGAGUUGUCGGACUUUACCGAGGAUUUAUGGUCUCGUGCCUGGGUAUUGUAGUCUAUAGAGGCUUAUAUCUUGGUCUGUAUGACACUUUUUCACCGAUGCUUAUAAACUAUGAUUGCCCAAGAAUGAUAUCCGCCAUGGUGCUUGGAUAUGGAGUCACCAUCACUGCAGGGUUGGUGUCCUAUCCACUCGAUACUAUCCGGCGGCGAAUGAUGAUGAGGAGUUGUGAGGAAGUCAAGUACAGAGGGUGGAUUGACUGUGCUCGCUAUGCUAUAAGGAAUGAUGGGUUUAUCAGUUUGUAUGGUGGGGUCGUUGUUAACUUGGUGAAAGGUUUUGCUGGUUUGCCGAUUCUGAUAGGCUACGACGGGAUCAAGAGGUACUAUACGAAGUCUCGUCUGGAGAACAACUAAUGAACCUGGAGCGUGUGCAUUUACCUACGUCACUAGUGGUGCGCAUAGGUUAAAGUGUGUGCAUUUAGCUACGUCACUAAUGGUGCGCAUAGGUUAAAGUGUGUGCAUUUACCUACGUCACUAGUGGUGCGCAUAGGUUAAAGUGUGUGCAUUUAGCUACGUCACUAGUGGUGCGCAUAGUUUAAGAGUUGCACUAUUUCGUCCGUCCACUUUAAAACAUUGGUGGCACUUUAUCUAUAAAACCCGUGUGAAACACAGUUUUGUUAUUAACGAUAUUCAAAUGUUGCCAAAUGAUUGUAAAUUUUAUUUAGCGCAUUUAUUCACAAAAUGUCCAAGUAUAGAACUUGCGCAUGCGAUUCUUGCAUUAACAUCAAAUGAUCUGAAGUCAAGGGAUAUUUAUGUAAUUAUGUGUAUUUAACGUAAUAAAUCUGGAAAACAAUGUU